CAAAACGUACAAAUUCUUGGCUUCAUGGUUACGUCUCUCUCUCCACAUUUCUCUCUCCCACUCAGGUCAAAAGCAACAAAACCUCUCUCUCUAUCUCUCCCCACCUUUCCUCCACAACCUCAUUUCAUUUUCAUCAAACCUCAACAACCCCUCUCUCUCAACAAAUUGCAGAUAACAAAAAACCACAUAAACAAAAAAACCAACAAACCACAAAACACUAUCCUCCCAGAUAUAUAUAAAAAAACCCAGCGCCCCACUAUCAUCCAUCAUCCUCCGCCGCCUCACCCAAUCACCUUCACCACCGUCCCUCUUUCUCAAGAGUCGAUGGCAGAAUUCAAGAACAACACCAAUACGUCGUCGUCUAGGUUUUCAAUCUUCAAUCGUUCUUUAACAACGCUUAAUUUAGAAGAAAAACAACAUCCACAAAAACCCCAAAACCUCGACCGCGCCGCCUCGCUCCGCGGCCGCGUCGUGAAAAAGCUCUGCAGUUUCUUCGAACCGACAACACCGUCUUCCCAAGAAGAAUCACCUUUCUCCAACAAAUCAAAACCGUUAAAAUCAACCGAAUCGACAUCGGUUAAACCGUUGAAAUCGUUGGAGGAUUAUUCUCCGAUUAUUCGGUUACCGGGAACAGAAGAUCGGAUUGUUUUGUAUUUCACGAGUUUGCGUGGGAUUAGAAGGACUUAUGAGGAUUGUUACGCGGUUAGGAUGAUUUUGAGAGGGUUUAGGGUUUGGGUUGACGAAAGAGAUGUUUCGAUGGAUAUUUGUUACAGGAAGGAAUUGAUGAAUGUGUUGGGGGAGAAGAGUAUGAAGAAUGUUACGCUUCCGCAGGUUUUUAUUCGAGGGAAUCUUGUUGGUGGUGCUGAAGUGAUGAAGCAGCUUUGUGAGGUUGGUGAAUUGGGGAAGAUCUUGGAGGGUUUUCCGAAGACGAAGGCGGGGUUUGUUUGUGAGAGCUGUGGGGAUAUUAGGUUUAUGCCUUGUGGGAAUUGUAGUGGAAGUAGGAAGGUUUUUGAUGAGGAUGAAGAGGUGUUGAAGAGGUGUUUGGAGUGUAAUGAAAAUGGAUUGGUUCGGUGUCCGAAUUGUUGCAGUUCUUGAGAUUCUUUUCGAUGUGUUUAUUAGUAGUUCCUGUUUUUGCAAUUGCAGCUUGUUUAUUAUUGCUUGCUUGCAAGUUUUUAGGGUUUGAUAUGUAAUUUGAUCAAGAUCGAGAAAUUCGAGUUGUUCAGUUGUUGGUGGUGUUGAUGAUAUGUGUUUGGUUUAGGUUAUAGAUGGUUUAAAUAAAGUGAUUCUGCGCGACCACAUUAGCCAUCAUGAAUGAGGAUUCUUUGUAAUAUCGAGUAAAGUUUACGAUGCGGGUGUAUCGUGAUUGGGACUCCAGUUGAGGCCACAUCAGCUGCUGCCAUCAAAAUCUUGGUUAUAUUACGGUUCAAAGUUCUCUUUGAAUUCUAUAUUGUUGGUUUAUAUUUAUUUGUUUAUAGGAAUUGUGUGAUGAGUUGAAGCAGAUGGUGUUUUCAGCUCCUUGAACAUGAUUUGGUUCAAGAGCGUGCUUUUAUAUCAUCCAGAUGUUGUAGUUCAUUCCUGGUGAAGAGUGUUUCUCAUCAAGGGGAUGUAAAUAUUUAGUGUAAUGAUAUAUGAUUCCUUCAAGGGAUUAACAAAUACUAUUGACAAUUGAAAUUUAUAUAGUGUGGUUUGUUGUUA